AGCCUACCGGUAUGCGAAAUAAUAGAAGAAUGGUUUAAAUUUUAACAAGUUGGUCGCAUUAAAUGUCGCACAAUCUCCUAAAUAGCUUGAGAACAGCGCUGUCCCUUCGGCAAGAUGUUUCUACGUCGAUAUCAUCAAUAUUCGUUUCAUUUCCUGCGACCAGUUGAGUGGAAACAGCGACUCACUUCUGCGCUAAUCUAUUGUAAUCAAAAAAGUCUACACAGCCUAAAGGAACGAGGCAUUAUCAAGCAGGUGCUAUCAUCUGUUAAUGAGUCAGAAUUGCUCCGUUUUCUGCAUCGUUCAAACGCAGCGUACUGUGGCUUUGACCCUACUACGGAUAGCCUUCAUGUAGGACAUCUUCUGCCAAUAAUUUUGUUGUUACAUAUUCAAAAACAAGGUAUAAAGCCAAUAGUGGUUUUGGGCGACGUUACUGCGAAAAUCGGUGAUCCUAGUUGUAGGGUAACUGCGAGGGACCCUAUUCUUGAGGCAACUAUCCGACAUAACUGCACGAAGAUUGAAAAAAACAUUUUGAGAAUUUUCAACAACUACCAAACAUACUUCCAGUGUGACAGUCCUCUCCCGAAAUUGCAAGUACUCCGUAACUCAAGCUGGUAUAGGCACGUAAAUGUGGUGCACUUUCUAGCAACAAUCGGAAGACAUUUUCGAUUAGAAAAGAUGCUUGAGCGCGCCAGCGUUCAAGAACGACUAGCCAAUUCGGAUGGCAUGAACGUUGCUGAAUUCAAAUAUCAAAUGUUUCAAGCCUACGACUGGAGUGAACUGUUUGAGCAGUAUGGAUGCCGCGUACAAAUAGGUGGGCAGGACCAACUGGAUAACAUCAAGGGUGGACGUAACCUAAUCAAACAACUUUAUGGCGACGAAGAAACGAUCGGCCUAACGACUCCUUUAAUUUCUGCUGAGUCAGGCGACAAAUACGGCAAAACAGGGUGUAGCCCUAUAUGGCUGUCAUCGGAAAAAAAUUCAGCAUACGACCUUUAUCAAUUUUUUUUACGAAUGGAAGAUAUUGAGGCAGAGCGGUUUGCUCGAAUGUUUGUAUUUGCCGGAAACGAAGAGUUACAGGAAAUUGUUCGAGCACAUCAUAACUACCCGGAGAAACGAUUAUGUCAAAAAAAACUUGCGACAGACAUUACGAUACUUGUACACGGGCAAGAAGGACUGAAUCUGGCUGUCAAGGCCACUGAACUAUUAUUUGGUAAUAAACUAGACCUUCUUCAUCAGCUUACUACUGAGGAAUUUGAGCAGAUAUUUACAAAGGCUGCAUAUGUUGAAAUACCACGCUGUAUAAGAGACGAAUCUAAGAUUGAUCUGGUUUCAUUAUCAGUGCUUGCUAAAUUAUUUCUAACAGAGAAAGAUGCAAAGAGAAUUAUUAAUAACGGAGGACUGUAUUUAAAUAUGAAAAGAGUUUCAGCUAUUCCACCAGAUGUUGAGCUGCCUACAGGUAUUACAUUAGCAAGGGUUGGUAAGAAGAAUUAUACAUUGAUCAAGUGGAUAUAGAUUUAUAUAGGACCUAUA